AUGGCAUCAGAACGAAUCAAGCGCGCCCCAACCCACUACCCAUUCAUUCCCUUCCACUUCCUGCGUAGCGCACAGCUCUUCUCCUCGCUCGUCGUGAGCUGUAUAAUGCUCUACUUCAUCUCCAGCCUCAAGCGCGACCACUAUCAAACCCCUUGGACAUUCCUCUUUCUCCUUUCAGUCUCCCUCCUGACCCUCAUAACUCUAACAACGACCCUUGUCCUGCACAUCUGCAGCAGCCUGAACCCACGGCUCGACCUCAUCCUCAACGCCGGCCUCUUUAUGGCAUGGACAAUCAGCUUCGCUAUGCUGGCCUGGUACUCCGGCAGCACGCUUACGCACGUCUGUAACAGAGACAAUUGGAAGGACGAUAUGGGUGUUAUGGUGUGCAGGGUUUAUAAGGCGCUGUUUGGGUUUGCGGUGUUAGGCGUGGUAUCGACGCUCCUAGCACUGCUGCUGGACCUCUAUGUGUUUAGGCAGGCGACGAAGAGGGGGAUGUAUAACGCUAUGGAGGAUUUGGACAGCAAGCGAAGCCCAACCCCGAAUCUCGAAGGUAUGAGAUCGCAAGAGUUCCUGGAUGUAAACGAUGAGCACCCGCUCAGCGCGCAGAGGCCUGCGAAAGCGCCGAAGCAAAGCGGCUACGAGAUGCCGGCUGAGCAGUUCGAGUAUGAUACGGGAUAUUACGGUGGUCAUGCUGAGAGGUAG